UCAUCCUCUACCUACUGCUCCUCUCUCUCUCUCUCUCUCUCUCUCUAGGAACUAGCAAGUGUGUUUCCCAGCUAUAGUAAUCUGUCAAACAAAACCUCUGCUACACUCUAGCACCCUAUCCCCACUUUAUGUGGUAAUAAUUGUACAAUAGUACACUUGUGGUUGGAUAAGCAAAGUGGUGAGUUGUUCAAGAGAGAUCAAUGCUCAGUUCUUCAGCUUCGUUUUUGAGACAGUUAAGUGCAAAGGAGGCUUGGAAAUCAACGUCCAACCGGUGGAGUGGGAAAGGGAGUUAUAUUAGCAGUGACUGGGGAGGGUGUGAGACAAGUUUGAAUCAAAUGGAAGGGUUUAACAUGCAUGGUAAUGGGGAGAGUGGGAUUAUGGGGAGGAAGAGGGUGAUGGUGGUGGUUGAUGGUACUUCACACUCCAAGCAUGCAAUGAUGUGGGCACUCACUCAUGUAGCUAAUAAGGGUGAUUCUUUGACUCUGCUUCUUGUUGUCCCUCCACACAGGGGCUCUGAAACUUCAUGCUCCUCUUAUCUUGUCAAUUAUCUUGGGUCCCUUUGCAAAGAUUGCAAGCCAGGGGUGGAAGUGGAAGCGCUCGUAAUCCAAGGACCAAAACUGGCCACAGUUAUGAGCCAAGUAAAGAAGCUGGAGGUCUCUGUCCUGGUACUGGGCCAAAAGAAGCCAUCUUCUUUUUUAAGCUGUCUUUGUGGAAGCGGCGGAAGCAGUGAUACAGAGGAGUUUGUGGAGCAUUGCAUCAACAAGGCAGAGUGCUUGACAAUUGGAGUGAGGAAGAGAAGCCAGGGCAAUGGAUACCUUAUCAGCACUAGGUGGCAGAAGAACUUCUGGCUUUUAGCUUAGAUUGAAAAUACAGUUGCUGCUAGUUCAGAUCUUAGAAGGGAUAAAAGGGGUAAAUGGUAAAGUUAACCUUAAUAUUUGCAUCCUCAUCUAGAAUCAUUAUCACUCUGUAACUAGUUCUAACUAUAUGUACCUAUGUCAAGAGUGGCAUAGUUUAAGACCAUGGCAUCCGAGUAAAAAUAAUCAAAUUGUGAUCGUCAUGCUUGUGAACAAUAAUAUUUCUUUUAAUAGUAGUUUCUUCCGUUAUAGAGAGCUG